AUGUACCAAUACUCACGACUCUUUGGUACUGCUCGCAUUCCCACCGAACAUGGCUGCCAGAUCGGCCAGGAUCCUUCAUCAAAGCACAUUGUAGUCUUGGUGCGAGGCCAGUUCUACUGGUUCGAUGUCCUGGAUGAUAAUAACGAUUUGAUCAUGACCGAGAAAGACAUCACUGUCAACCUUCAAGUCAUCGUCAAUGAUGCGCAGAACAUUCCCAUCCAAGAGUUCGCACGCAAUGCUGUUGGUGUUCUCAGCACUGAGAACCGCAAGAUCUGGUCCAGUCUACGCGACGUUCUCUCGAGAGAGGAAGGCUCGAACAAUUCCGACAGUCUCAACAUUAUUGACUCAGCUCUGUUCAUCCUCUGCCUCGACUACACUGAGCCAAAAUCUGGUGCUGAUCUCUGUAUGAAUAUGCUUUGUGGCACUUCGCGGAUUGAAGACGGUCUUCAAGUUGGUACAUGUACCAACCGCUGGUAUGACAAGCUGCAACUUAUCGUCUGCAAGAACGGUAGUGCCGGUAUCAACUUCGAACACACUGGAGUAGACGGUCAUACAGUUUUGCGUUUCGCAUCUGACGUCUAUACCGACACGAUUCUGCGUUUUGCUCGUACAAUCAACGGAAAAGCACCUUCGCUGUGGGCCUCGGACUCACCUGAUCCUGCUAAGCGAGACCCAGACAGUUUCGGUGAUGUCUCGACGACACCACACAGACUGGAAUGGGACAUGCUGCCUGAGAUAUCGACGGCUGUCCGAUUUGCCGAGACUCGCCUGGCAGACCUUAUCCAGCAGAACGAAUUCGCAACUCUCGAAUUCAUGCAAUACGGCAAGAAUUUCAUGACUAGCAUGGGCUUCUCUCCCGAUGCCUUCGUGCAGAUGGCCUUCCAGGCAGCUUACUAUGGUCUGUAUGGAAGAAUGGAAUGUGUUUACGAACCUGCGAUGACCAAGGUCUUUUACCACGGUCGCACCGAAGCCAUCCGACCUGUCACUGACGAAUCUACCGAGUUUGUCAAACUCUUCUGGGGUGACAAUCCACCAGCUAAGAAGGUAGAGGCUUUGCGCAAGGCAUGCCAAAAGCAUACCGAGAUCACGAAAGAGUGUGCCAAAGCUCAAGGACAAGACAGACAUCUGUAUGCACUGUUCUGUGUUUGGCAGCGCAUGAUCGAUGGCGACGAAGAGAUCUUGAGUCAAAAUGGCGAUAGUGGUGACGGUGGUGCACAUGAUAGUAACUCUUCUGAUGUGAUGAGUGACGAUGGCAGUUCUCGAGACUCUAUCAAUCGCGUCCCAACCAACACAGGCGUCAUGCCUUCACUCUUCGCCGAUGGUGGAUGGGACAGACUGAACACUACCAUCCUCUCAACUUCGAACUGCGGUAACCCCUCGCUACGUCAGUUCGGAUUCGGGCCCACCUCAGGCGAUGGCUUCGGUAUUGGCUACAUCAUCAAAGACGGCAGUGUCAGUAUCUGUGCUUCGUCUAAGCACCGCCAAACCAAGCGUUACAUUGAUGCGAUCGAGAGCUAUUUCCUCGAGAUGAGAAAGGUUCUGAGACAGACACAAAGAAGGGGCACCAACACCGACAAGCUCGCCAGUCGUGCAAGAGAAGCAGAGGAGCUGAAGACGAAGGCCAGACCGAAGAAUGCUAGGCUGAAGUCCCGCGGCAUACUCGUUGAUGGCACCAGAACACCUGCUGUGGAAAGUGAGCAGGUUAGCGAUGAUGACGGCUUAGGUGGCNNUGUAAGUUUGAUCAAGAUCGCCUUCGCAACCGUAACACUGACAUUUCUUACAGAUGGCUUCUUCGAUGCUGGAAUGUUGCUGCAAGCCUUGAAGCAAGAGCAGAAUGGCAAUAUCAAGCCGAGCCAGAAGGCAGCGGCAAGAAACAAGGUCGGCAAGAAGUUGCAGUUGAUGGAUUAUUAG